ACAUUGUCUUCCUGUCCUGUCCUGUCCUAAUAUGUCCUGCGGAUCACACACUUCAAUUCCCAGUAGUACUACUACUUCUUGUUAUUCUUGCUGCUAAUAAUUGUUUUCUUACGUCCGAUUUUAUGGUUUUUAACUGUCACAUAAGUCAUUGAAUGAAGACCCUCCCCAUCCCGUAAGCAUACAAUAAGCCUUGCUACUUCGGUUAAGAACUCGUGAAGACUCAGCUUCACAAGGUAUGAACUGUAGCUCUUUUGUAUGCUUUACUCUGUUGUUGAGUUCCAUCUGUUUCUUAUUUGUUCUGGGUUUCCUGUAAAAAUCGAUGAAAGUUCUUAAUUUUGUGCUAAAACUGUUUGUGGGCCUGCAUUUUUUUUUUUGGUGAGUUUUUGGGGUUUCUGUGAAAUGUGAAAGGUCAAAUACUUUCUUUUUCGGAGGUAGGAACUGAAUGUCGUCUUUUUGUCUUCUCUUGUCGGAUUUUCUUUUUGAUGCUACUGCUGUUGAAUGUUGAAAAGAUCAUAGCUUUGAUCGAAUUGGGUUCUUGGCACCUAAUGUGUAUUGUUACCGAAAUGGUUUGGAUGUCCUGCUUGCAUAUCUCAUCCUAUGAGUGUGAAUUCUGCUUCCUUCAUCGACCAUAGUGUCCGGCUAAACGUUUUAUGAAGGCAUUAGGAGUAUUUUGGAAUGGAUUCUAUAACCUAUAGUUCUAUUCGAUUUCCAAUUCGAAGACUAAAACCUCUGUUCUGGGAUUGCCUUCCUGGUCUUAUAGGCGUAUAUGGUUACUGAGAAUGGCAAUUUUCUCAAUCCUUGUUCUCUCUUAUUGUCAAUUCUGCAACUUAGCUCCUUUCCAAUCCUCUUAACUGGGUGAUUUUGCUUUUGUGCAUUUGUUCUGUCCAGAGAAGUAUACACUUUGGCUAUUUGUUGAUGGAUGGUUUGCAAAAUAUUAUUGCGUCUGUGACUUACCUCAUUUAAGAUUGAAAUUCGUAGCAAAUUCAUAAAGUUGGCUCGGACAAGAUAUGAAGGAACUUUCCUUGUUUUGUCGGUUGAUUUUGGUGUUGAUGUUACCAUCCUUAGUGACCAAAACUUCUAUCUGUUGAAACAUGAUUUAUGAUGUGAUGAAAGUCAGGGAUCUGUGUCUUUUCUUAUCCUAAUGUGGCAGUCAAAUCCUACUUAAUAGAUUUCCUUCCAGGGACGUCUAUUCUUACACAUGUACAACAUGCAUUUAGGUAAUUGGUAGAUUGCUAACGGAGGACAAGGGAUAGUAUCGACAAUCUGAUUUUGAAACUGCUCUUGCAAUUUGCAAAAACAGCUGAAAAUGAUUUGUCUGCAGCUGUAAUGAGCAUGUGAGUUAAUCUUAAGGAAAGGCUAAGCAUGCUAAAUUCUUCAAUGUUUUAAGUUGGAGAGAGUCACAAUUCUAGUCAGAUUUAUCAUCAGUCGAAGAGCAGAGUUGUGCUAAUGUCAAACAACCCGUAACCUCAUGCUUUGGAUUGAUUAUGAGAUUUUGAAUUGAAGUUAUAUCUUUUAUCCUCCUCCUUUAGGGAGAUAGAUUCGUGCAAUAGGUUCUUGAGUGUGGAGGAAUGUUGGCCUUAUUUUACCUGUUAUGAAAACCGCAUUGAAAUUGUAGUUUCUCUAUCUGUUUAGUUCCUCGGCAUUUUAUGAUUCCGUGAAUCACGAUGAUCGGCUGCAUGAAUUUUGAUUGUGAACGAAGUCAACAAUUGACUGAUGAAAUGUGUGGUAAAAAAAAGAUUUGCCAAUGCCAUCAUUUCUUCUGAUUGAGUUUAUCUAGUAUUGCUGAAGAUGCUUUGUUUUUUUAAAGUUUCUGACAACUAACUUUAGCAUGAACACUUCUGUUGUACAGUGCUAGAAUCUCUGUGUCGAUCAUUGGAGUUCGGAAACCAUAAAGAUGGCAUGGGUAAUGCUUGAAGUUGCUCUGCCUGCUAAAUGAGAAACUGUAGAAUUGAUCACAGCUAAAAGUAUUUUGCUUACUUCUGUGGAUAUGGAAGAAACAAGUACGGUGGAACUUUUAACAAAAGUGGAAUUGGACUUAACAUACAGUUCUCAGAAAUCGGUGAAUUUGCAGACACUGUUUAUGCAUGUUUUAUCUUGGCAAAAUGAUAUAAAAUCAGCAGUUGAGUAUGAUAAUAUCUCUCCAGAUUUCAUUGAGAAGGCAAUGCAAUUUGAUCUGUUGAAUGCUAUUUUAAAUGCUGAGGUAAGAGAGCUGGAUAAUUUCAUAGGUACAAUUGAAGUGAUGGUGGUUGAUAUUCGUCAUAAGAUAAAUUGUGGGAAGCUGAAAGCUUUGUCCCCUGUAGAACAAAAUAAAUGGCACGAUAUUGAAGAAUCGCUGAGACAGUCACAGGAUCACAUUCUUGAGAUGAAGAUCCAGUUGGCCAAAUUGCAGAUGACUUCGGUUGCUUUCAACCAAAACGAAUGGAAUGCUAACAUAAAUAUGGAGUUGUCGGAGAACUUUCGAGAUUCAGAAACAUAUUUGAAGCCGCAACUGCAGUUGGUGGAAGAAAGGCAUAUUCUGAGAAUGUUGGAAAAAUCUCUGUCUAGAGAGCUAGAUCUGGAGAAGCAGCUAAAAGUAAUGAAACAAAAUGAACAAGAUAUCGUGUUAAAGCUUAGGUUAACUGAACAAGUGGCUCAGCACAUGGAAGAGGCAUCAGAGGUUAUCUGGGGUCGUUUCUUAGAGGCAGAAAAUUCUGCAGAGGUUCUCCUGGGAAUAUCGAAGGAAAUGGUAGCACGCCUUCAAAUUGCAAAAUUCAGCUUGGAUAAUUCAAUUCAAAGAGAAAAGCUUUUGGAUUCUAAACUCCAAUACUAUGCUGCAGCUGCACAAUCAAAAGUCGAAGAGACUUCCAUGGUUGAGCUUGAUAGCCUAACUUCUCAGUUGCUUGCUAAAACUGAUGAAGCAGUUUCUCUGAGUGAAAAAGUUAAAGUAUUGGAAGAAAAGUUGAAAGAAUCAACAUCUCAGCUGAAAGUGGCCCAGGCAGCGUAUGAAACAAGUCAAGAGCAACUUGCAGAAGUGGACAUGAUGAUUGAAUCUAUGAGAGAAACAAUUGAUGAUGCUGAGGGUAGGGCUGAAAGUGCAGAGGCUAAGGUUUCAGCACUAACAGAUGCUAAUUCAGAGCUAACUGAGGAACUCAAUUUCUUGAAAGGAAGUAACGAUAGUAAUAACAAAAAGGUCAGUUUACUUGAGAAGCAGUUAAGGGACCUAGAACUUCAACUGCAACAUGCAAGGGCGUCAUCAGAAGCAAGUCUAGAGCAGCAGAACAUGUUGUACACUGCAAUUUGGGAUAUGGAAACUUUGAUUGAUGAACUAAAGCAAAAGGUUUCCAGAGCGGAAAAUAAGUCUGAAAAUGCGGAGGAACAACGCAUGGUUCUUUCUCAAGCUAACUUGGACCUCAAAAAAGAAGUUGAAUUUUUAAGGAGUAGAAUUGACUCCUUGGAGACAACUCUGGAUCAUGUUACUGUCGAGAAAAUGGCAAGUGCAAAGGACAUAAGUAUCAAGACCAAUGUCAUUAUGGAUAUGGUAAUGCAACUUGCAUUGGAAAGGGAGCGUGUAAAGAAACAGGUUAAUGAUUUAGCGAAAGAAAACAAGUUCCUCAAAGUGAAGCUAAGAAAGACUAAAAAGGAUGAAUGCUUGACUGCACAUGACGACAAUGAUAGGAAUGAUAAAAUGUUGCCAACAUCUAGAGCUGACUCGGCUGAUGCGUCGUUGAAUGCUGCAUUGGAAUCAUUCUCCAAAACUCUGGUGGAGGAAACACUUUAUACUGCAUCUUCAGAUCAAAAUGAAAUGGAAAUUCCCAGCAGUGCAGAAAACGGCAAUAAUUUGGAUUCAAAAAUGAAGGAUAACAAUCUGAUCAAGGCACGGAAGAGUAGCAGAAUGUACGUAGUCAUGGCGAUGUUGAUAGUCUUACUAGCAGGAUUAGCAGCUUAUUUGUUGAACUCAAAUCAUGCAACCUUCCAGUUCAUAGAUGCUUAUAACCCUUUGGUAUUUUAGUUUAGGAUAGCAGGGCAUUCAUUAUUUAUUAACUGCACAUAUUUCCCCUCAGUAGGCUGUGCUUGUAAUUCUUUCAUCUAGUCAUCUCAUUGUUUCAUUUGUAAUAGUUUUGGCUUUGGUUCUUCCAAUUUUCAUGCAGGAUGGUGUUCUUGUAUUUACGGGUAAAUGUUGUAGGUGUGAUUCCUGAUUGCACAUUGGUGGCAUUUGUAGAAUUUGUUGAAAUUUGUAAAGGUCGUCAUAAUAAGGAAAGAUAAAAAAAAAAGCACUUAAAAUCAAAAGAAAUGUGAAUAUGGAGGUAUUCUUUCUUUUUUC